GUAUUGCGCGCCGCGAGUGCAUCGCACGGCUGUUCCUCGAUCGAUGUCGUGUGUACCCGUGAUUGCUUGCACGCAACAUGAACGGAGGAAUGGCGCAGCGGUGCGACAUACUCACAGCGCCCUUUCGAACAGUGAAUUUCACGAAUUUCUUUCGUAGUCGUACGGCGUCCUGAGAGUUGAUUUGUCAUCGUACACCUUCCAGACCACCCAGCGCAAGUACUACACUCAUUUGCUUGAAGUCAACGAAAGUCGAGUAAAAAACCGAGCGAGGAUCAUAAGUACGUAGAUUUUUUCGUUCGUCCUCCAGAAACAAAAAAGUUUUUGUCCUGUUUGUUUUCGCAGGAAAGGAAUUCUCGUCCGACGACUCAUGGUGUUGAGCGGAUUUCGUUCUCGAUGAAUAAACAGAGGGAGUUUUCCUGCGCAGCCUCCGCAUGAGAAGACUUGAAUAGAAUGAAUCUUGUUCCGCACAACCACAAAACAUGACAGGCCCCAUUUUUGAGAAAUUGUUGCAUAUCAAAGCUAAACCUGUAACGUGUUGUUUUUACUGCAUGCGCAGCCAUCAGGGAGAAGAAGAGCCGAGUUGUUUCUCAUCUAGUACGCAGAGAAAGAACAACUUCUACAACAAGAGAAACCAAUACUAGCAUCGAAGUAUUUCUCUAGUAAAAGUAAAACAAGAAUUCUACUUCCGAAAAAAUGCCCCCAGCCUCAGGAGUCGGGAUCACUUCGAUCCCCAGGCAGUGUGAUCGUGUCGGGAAUUUGAACCAGUGCUCUCAGUUUCACAAGCAGUCAAAUUGCAACAAGCCCAGUCAGAAGGUAUUGGUUGAUGUUGAAUUGAAGAUGUCAAUAAAGUAGAUGUAGUGUCGUGCAUAUUCAUAGAAAGAUACUCCAGUGCUGCACGUCGGUUUUUCAUGUAAAAGGGUUUUUUCUUGCACAACAUGUUGACCAGAGAAGCAAGAAGAGAAAAUCUUCACAAUAAUUCUUCAACACAGCCCGCCGUGACCAAGGUCCGAGACUCGUACUGGCGGUAUCAGAAGAAGCCGGAGCUCUUCUUCGAUUCGCAGCGGUUUUUACGCGAUGGCACCAAGGAGAAAGUGAGUAGUACGGCGGCGGCUUGCGCGGGAGGGUCGACCUACACGGAUAACAAAAGGAAAAAUCCCCCCUCCCGAUAUCAAAACGAAGUUUCUGAUGCAGGAUUUGCGUACACAAAUAAGAUUUGUCUUGCUGGAGAGGAAUGCAGCCCCAUACUAAGCCUAAGUAGAGAGGCUCUGGCCUAGGCGUCUAGCAUGAGAAACGUCCGUGCUGUAGGCCCAUCAGCAUCACAAAUCGCCUGCACAAUGCUGCGGAGCUUGUGGAGAUGCCUUCUUGCAGGACAGACGUGAUUUGAGGUCGCAAAUCAGCAACACAAAUUUCCGGAGACAUACCUUUUCGAUAUGGGGAGGGGGGAUGUUUCCUCUUAAUAACGGAAGUGCUGCUGCGCCAGAUGGGGUAUUAGGUAGAAGAGGAGAAGAUCAUGACGGAAAAGGAAAAACAAGUUUGUUGUAAUAUUGCGCUAUGAAAAUGUUCUUCGAUGAUGUAGCACUGCCUGUGCAUAAUUUGCAUGUACCCACCACCUCCUAAAUGUUACCUUUCCAAUGAUUAAUAACUAGUCGUCUAGAAUAGCUAGCUAUAGCAGCGUUUCGAAGAAAAACAGUAAACUGUAGUUGUUCUUGAACUUGCAUUUCUAAAAAAUCCUCCCGACCUCCCGCCAUCAUUCUCCUUAUGGCAAUGGUUCUUUCGUUUCUGCCCAGAACUGUUGGUACUUUAUUUUACACCAAUAAAUAAAAAUAAUUACUACGAAGAAAUUAAGCCGCAUUUGGCUCUCCGCAAAAGUCGCACGGCAGAUUUGUUUUAUCUUCUGCUGGUUGCGAUUUGCGAGUCCAGGUGACGAGUUGAUAUUGCGUGUUUUAUCUAUCAGGGUUUCUAUUGUAAGAUAAAGUCGAGGAUGAACUUGAUGUAAAAAAUUGGACACCAUCAAGCUCCUGCAAACCGGCCAGCUACAGCUUCUUGUGCGGCAGCAGGAGCUCUCUUGAACUAUUUUCCGCGCUUUUAGAUGCAAUAAAAUUUCGUCAGUACUCGGAGUACUUAAUUUUCUACAGCUGGACGAGCGCGAAAUGAAU